UCAGUGAGGGGAGUGCCUUAAAAAAAUAAGGCACUCCCCUCACAAAGGUAUCAGUUACCCUUCUCAUAUAUCUGCAUUCACAGUUUCCUCAUUUCUGAUAGCACUCCCCUUACUGAUUCGGUAGAAAACGGAAGUCAACUGCAGUGCAGGAUACUUAUCAGUGACACCCCAGACACAACAUUUACUGCGGGCAGAAAUACCUUCAAAUUUGAUCAACUCAACAAGGAACAAGCCUGUCUUGCGUGCUGCAACAUUGUAAUGGUUAGCCCUCCAAGGACAGACUAUCUGUAUAAGAACAGAUGCAGUAGACGGAAUCACAGGGAUGUCUACACCUUUCAAGAGGCAUGUAUGGACAAGUUUUAGUACCUGGGAUGUAUCCAGGAUUUACUCUUAAGGGUGUGGCUGUGGACGGUUUUCUGCGUAGACGGCUUCUGCUGUUCUUUUUUGCUGAACUUUUUGAAGGGCUGUGAAUAACCUGCCACUCUGCCACGUUUAAUAGGACUCUAUAGGAAAUUCAGCACUGUCAGUCGCAUGCCAGUAGGGGGCACAGCUUGACAACAUAUAUAACAACAUAUAUAACAGGAAGUACUGUUAUUGCUUAUAAAUAAUCAUCAUUCUAAAAGUACUCAGAGAUAAUAUACAAAUUAAAGUAACUAAUAGUAUUGGCAACAUAUAUUGACACACAAGACUACACUUUUAACUAUAUCAGUCACUAAGUGACUGAUAUAGUUUAGUCACUGGCUAACUGAAGAGGAAACGCACAAAAAAAUAUCAUGAAUUAUCAACAACAGGUGUGAGUCCCAAUCUGAUCAAGGAAGCUGCUCAAAGAAAAGAAAAACCUGUCCGGUUGCUCUUGUGUUUGGGAAACCUUGGAUUUGCAAAGAGAAAUGCAGGUAGCAGAGCCACAUCAGAGCUGUUGAGUUUACAGUACUCAUCUUCACGAGCAGCAAAAAUGCUGAAAAAAUUCUUACAGUUAUUGAUACUUUUUGCUUUCCUCAGUCUAGCAUGUUCUGUUGUGCUGUUGUUGUACAGGGAAAAAAGAACUUUAACUUACAUUUUCAACAAAGAGGAAAGUAGAAAUGAGGUACUUUCCGAGUUGGUAAAAGAACGUGUUCAAGAGCUGUGGGAAUUUAAGGAUAAACCCCCAAAAGCCAGCGAAGAGAAGACACAGAACGAAACUUUGAAACUCUGCCCCGACUACCCUCCAAAACUUGUGGGUCCUCUCUUGGUGGAGUUUAAUUAUAAACAAACUAUGGAGGAGAUGAGACAGGAACUCAGUUCUCUUGUUCAGCUGGGAGGACGCUACAAGCCACCAGAAUGUAUCACCAAACAUAAGGUGGCAAUCAUCAUCCCAUUCCGAAAUCGACAUGAGCACCUAAAGCACUGGCUGUACUACCUCCAUCCUAUACUGAUGCGUCAACAGUUGGACUACGGUGUAUAUGUCAUCAACCAGGAUGGAGAGGGAGUGUUCAACCGGGCUAAACUGCUAAAUGUAGGCUUUGCUGAAGCGCUGAAGGAGUAUGAUUAUGAGUGCUUUGUCUUCUCUGAUGUAGACCUGGUUCCCAUGGAUGACCGUAACCUUUAUAGAUGUUUUGACAAUCCCCGACACCUGGCUGUGGCUAUGGACAAAUUUGGCUUCCGGUUACCCUAUAAUACCUACUUUGGUGGAGUUGCCUCAUUGUCCAAGGACAAAUUCUUAAAGAUUAAUGGCUUCCCAAACACUUACUGGGGCUGGGGUGGUGAGGAUGAUGAUAUCUAUAGCCGAAUUACCUACCGUGGAAUGUCCGUUUCUAGGCCGGACUUGGUGAGAGGAAAGUACAGAAUGAUCAGACAUGAAAGAGACUUGCACAAUGAACCUAAUCCAGUGAAUCCUGACAAACUGCACCAAACCCGGUGGACUAUGGAUGGUGAUGGGAUUAAUACCCUUAAAUACACAGUUAAGGAGAUUGUGAAGGAUACACUGUAUACUUUUAUCACUGUGGAUAUUCAGGCUCCACUAAAAUGAAUGAGGAUGAAGCCUGUAGAUCCUGAACUGGUGUUGACUAUUGAUUAAUCUGCAUCUCAAUCUCAGGAUUCAAACAAAAAGUGGGUUGUACCCUAUUUUGUCUUGGGUGGUUCUUAAUUAACCUAGACCAGAUAUAUGUAUUUGCAUAAGGUUAAUUAUGCAUACCUGUUGGCAUAUGUGUGUGUUCUGCGCAGUCCAUACUGACAUGAUGAUUGUGUCUAUAUUUUGUGAAUAUUACAAUGUUUUUUUAAAUGUGCGUAGGCACUGAACAACUGUACUGAAAUGUAUGACCACAAUGGCCCAACAAUUGCCAAUCACAGAACGACUAAUAAAAUACAUUAAUUGUG